AUGAAGGCAUACACGCCGUCUGAGGACAAACUCCUUUGCGAGUGUUGGAGGGACAUUGGGCAAGACCCCAAGGUCGGCGCCGAACAAAAGGCAUCAACCUUUUGGCUUCGUGUUCAUCGUGAGUACUAUGAACGCAAGAAGUUUGUGUUGUAUCAAAUGCAGAGCAAGCGUGUGUGGGUGUCCCUCUCGAAGCGAUGUAGGGUGAUACAACAAGAGUGCAACAAGUUUUGUGCCACCCUUGAGACCAUCAAGGCAUGCCCCGUGAGCGGCAUCGACAUGAAAGAUAUGGCAUUCCAAGCUUUGGAGGCAUUCAAGGCCCAACAUGAGGGCAAGUCCUUCAACCUCUCCCGUUGUUGGAUGGUCAUCAACGAGGAGGAGAAGUUCAAGGCGCAAUAUGCUGCUGCCAAGGCGCGUGGGGGGGGGGGAGCCGCCGAGGAGCUUGGCGAGGGCGAAAAGCCAAGGCUGCGGGACAAGACCAACUCCAAGGAGGAGGACAAGCGCGGUGCGGCAUCGAUUGCCUUGCUUGCAACUGUGGAGGGCAUGAUGAGCAAGGACACAAGAGAGGAGAAGCGCCGACAAGACAAGGAAGAGCAAAUGAAUGCCUUCAUGGAGAUCCAAAGGAGGAGGCUUGAGCUCGAUGCGGAGAAGCAAGCCAAGAUGCUUGAGAUGGAGGCAAAGAAGCAAGCCAAGAUGUUCGAGAUCGAAGCCGCCAAUGCCAAGACCAAGGCAAAAGAAGUGGCGCUCGCUAGCAUGAUAACGGGGGUGGAGAUCAUGAAGGUAGACCUGAACACCGUGUCCCCGAGGAAGAGGCCAUGGUUCGAUAAGAUGCAGGCUGACAUGCUCAAGUUUGACGACGAGUGA